UACCAGUCCAAAACCAUGUCUGGUUCAUUUUAUUCCUUUUCUCAUUUCAUUAUUGCUGAUCUCAAUGGAUUGGUUAGCGAAAAUAUUUAUUUUCUCCGCAUGCAGGUGAAAUCUUUGCUUAAGAAUGCCAAAGGUGGCGGUCCCUUGAAUGUAUCUACCACAUCUUCUGGCACAAAUGUCGCUGCAACUAAUUCUUUGCCGUCCAUGUUUCCUGCUGGAAGCACACCUCCACUUUCUCCAAGAAGUUCAUCUGGUUCACCUCGAAUCUCAAAGCACAGGGCUGGACCCUCUUCAUUGGGGUCUCCUCUGAAAUUAGUGAAUGAGCCAACAAAAGAACUCAUACCGCAGUUUUACUUUCAAAAUGGCCGCCCCCCUCCAAAUGAAUUGAAGGAGCGCUGCUUGUUUAGGAUAAACCAGUUUUUUUAUGGUCACACGGAUGGACUACAAAUGAAUGAAUUUAAACCAAUUACGAAGGAAAUAUGCAAGCUGCCCUCGUUCUUCUCCGCAGUCCUUUUUAAGAAGAUUGAUGUUGACAGCACUGGCGUCAUAACCAGGGAUGCCUUUGUUGAUUAUUGGAUCAACGGCAACAUGUUGACCAAAGAUAUAGCAACUCAAAUGUACACAAUCUUGAAGCAGCCAGACCUCAGAUACCUCGUGCAGGAUGACUUCAAACCCAUUCUUCGGGAACUUUUGGCAACGCAUCCAGGGUUGGAGUUCUUACAGAGCACACCUGAAUUUCAAGAGCGUUAUGCUGAAACUGUAAUAUACAGAAUAUUUUAUUACGUGAAUCGGGCGGGUAAUGGCCGUCUUACCCUCAGGGAGCUGAGACGUUCUGACCUUAUUGCUGCAAUGCAACAUGCAGAUGAAGAAGAUGACAUUAACAAGGUCCUAAGGUACUUCUCCUAUGAACACUUUUACGUGAUAUAUUGCAAGUUUUGGGAGCUUGACACCGAUCAUGAUUUUCUCAUUGAUAAAGAGAACCUCAUUCGAUAUGGCAAUCACGCCCUUACAUACAGGAUUGUUGAUAGAAUAUUUUCUCAGGUUCCAAGGAAGUUCACCAGUAAAGUUGAAGGGAAGAUGGGUUACGAAGAUUUUGUUUACUUUAUAUUGUCAGAGGAGGAUAAAUCAUCAGAGCCUAGUCUUGAAUACUGGUUCAAAUGCAUAGAUAUGGAUGGAAAUGGGGUUAUAACUAGGAAUGAGAUGCAAUUCUUUUAUGAGGAGCAGUUGCAUAGAAUGGAAUGCAUGGCCCAAGAGCCAGUGCUUUUUGAGGAUAUUUUGUGUCAAAUAGUUGACAUGAUUAGUCCAGAGAAUGAAAGCUAUUUUACAUUACGUGAUUUGAAGGGAAGCAAGCUCUCCGGUAGUGUUUUUAACAUACUUUUUAACCUCAAUAAGUUCAUGGCCUUUGAAACCCGUGAUCCCUUCCUAAUUCGCCAGGAGCGUGAGAACCCAAAUCUGACUGAAUGGGAUCGCUUCGCGCACAGGGAAUAUAUUAGGCUCUCAAUGGAGGAAGAUGCAGAGGAUGCCUCUAAUGGAAGUGCAGAUGUCUGGGAUGAAUCACUUGAGGCUCCCUUCUGAGUUCUAGUCUGUGAGAUAGAAUGCCAGGUGUGCCUAUAGCAAAUCAUGUUUCAAGCUGGCUAUUGAGUCACUAUGAGAAUUUGCACGGGAACAGUCAAGUGGGACAAGCUUAUCCAUAUGUUUCACCAAGAUAUUUUUAUGAGAUAGCUAGGGAGGAAUGUUUGUUUGGUCUGCACAGAGCAUGCUCUCAUGAAGUAUAAGAACAUGCUAGCGUGGAAGCUUCUGACUUGAAAAUAUCAAGGGCUUUGCAAGUGCGCCGAUUGGUGAUAGAUGAUUAAUGAAAAACUAGAUUCUGGUAGUUCAGAACUUCUCCGCGCUUGUUCCCUCUUUAGCUGUACGAAGUCCAUAUUCUUAUUUAUUUGUUCUAGUGCCGAUUUUUGGUGGUUGCAAAUUCAGUGUUUCUUGAAGAGGUUUAGUAUGGCGAGUCGCACAGUUCAUGUGUUCCGCAUUUUGCUCCUUUUAUUAUUCUUUUGUGGAUUAGACUCUCUUUUAGUGGCAUGUGAAUCAUGGUAGUUCUGUAUUGACUGUGUAAUGAUAUGGCUUGCCUUUCUAGUCCGAUGUUAAUAUCGAGGAUGGAUAAUUUUAGUUGGCUGAUGGUACUUGAACAGUUCCAGGCCAUUAACUUGUACCUUAAGGUGACCAGGACAAAAUAAUAAAUCAUAUUCAUGUA